UGAAAAGCAUUAAUAUUUGUAAAUAUUAUGCUACUAAUGCUACUUUUGAAACUAAACCCUUCCGUCUUCAUAAAUUAAGCACUGGACCGUCUACACAAGUAACAGUGUCAAAAACUGAUGCUCUACAGUAUUAUAAACAGUUACAUACGAUUCGUCGAAUGGAAACAGCAGCAGGGAACUUAUACAAAGAAAAAAUUGUAAGGGGAUUUUGCCACUUGUAUUCAGGACAAGAAGCAUGUGCAGUUGGAAUGGUUGCUGCAUUACGUCCUCAAGAUUCAGUGAUAACCGCUUACAGAGCCCAUGGAUGGACUUAUUUAAUGGGAGUUCCACCCGUUGGUGUAUUAACUGAACUAACAGGACGCCAAAGUGGAAAUGCUCGAGGAAAAGGUGGUUCUAUGCAUAUGUAUGCUAAAAACUUUUAUGGUGGAAAUGGUAUCGUAGGUGCACAGGUACCUUUAGGUGCGGGAAUCGCUUUUGCCCACAAAUAUCGAAAUUCUGGAGGAGUAUGUCUUGCACUGUAUGGUGAUGGAGCAGCUAAUCAAGGCCAGAUUUUUGAAGCUUAUAACAUGUCGAAAUUAUGGGACGUACCAUGCAUUUUUAUUUGUGAAAAUAAUGGUUAUGGAAUGGGUACAAGUGUAGAUAGAGCUUCUGCCAGUACCGAAUACUAUACCAGAGGAGACUACAUUCCAGGAAUAUGGAUGAAUUAG